GGUCUGGUGGUUGACUCUAGGUGACAAUAAGGGGAGCGUGGGGUGAAAUGAGUCCAGAGUGACCGUGAGACACGGGCAAAUUGAAACUCGAUAGGUUUUUCCAUUGCUUGCCUCUUAGGUCAAGUCAGCCAGGUUCAAAAUAGGAGAUCUAUGGUUGUUCUGAGCUUCUGUCCUUGGUAGUGGCCCUUUUCCCUGAAGACACCUGGGGAUGCCUAACGAGUUAAGAGAAAAUGAGGCAGAAGGAAGUGUUAGCCAAGACCUUCCAAGGCCCAGCUGUUGUCUGUAGGACUCCAAACAGCCACGUUUACAUGUUCAAGAAUGACAGCGGGGACUCCGGGGACUCCUCUGAGGAAGAGUCACAUCAGGUGGUGUUACGACCCCGAGGCAAGGAACGCCAGAAGACCAGCAGCCAACCACCAGGACCGGGCAGCGUGGUGUUGCUGCAGCGGGAGCUGGCCCAGGAAGACAGCCUCAACAAGCUGGCUCUCCAGUAUGGCUGCAAAGUUGCAGAUAUCAAGAAGGCGAACAACUUCAUCAGAGAACAAGACCUGUAUGCUUUGAAGUCAAUCAAGAUUCCAGUGCGAAAUCAUGGGAUCCUCAUGGAGACCCGCCAUGAACUAAUGCCCCUUGGGGCCUCACCCUCUGAGACCAGGGUGACCCUGGUAGAAGUGCCUGAAGAUGAAGAUGCCCUUGGGGCAACUGCUCAGGGCAACCAGCUGACAGACUUCUUCAAAGGCAUUGAUGAGAACAUUGAACGGGCUGUGCAGUCUGACGUCUUCCACAGUGACAGCUGCUGUGUGGAGGCCCCAGAUCAGCCACUGCUCCCCGUAACCCAGAAGGCAGCAGCUGAUGGAGCAGACUGUGGGAUUCAGUGGUGGAACGCUGUCUUCCUUAUGCUUCUCAUUGGGAUUGUGUUGCCAGUGUUCUAUCUCGUCUACUUCAAAAUACAAGCCACUGGGGAGGCCUCAAAUAGCUUGAAUACAACUGUUGUCCCCAAUGGCUCCAUGACCCUGAGCCCAGUUCCAGGGCAAGCCCCCAGGUUGGCAAUUCCAGUGCCUACCUUCCCUGCUUCAGACAGCCAGGUCAGCCCUCCCACCCAAGCAGGAGCCUAAGCUCCUUUUCUGGAGUUGGCAGGUUUUGGCAAUUGGCCUUGGUGUGUAACUGUCAGCAGCUGUCUGCAGAGGGUGUUGAAUUUUGCUUCCUGAUAUGUGUGGAUACCAUGGCAGUCUGGAUUGUAUAGACUGAGGGAUGGCUUGGCCUAACUCAAGGAUGCAGGAGCCCUCAGACACCCACCAUCCCAGCAAGAGAGACAUUCACAUGAAACUCAUGGCCCUUUCUUGAAGACAUGUAGGGGUGGCUGUGAGUUCCUGUACAGCCAUUCUGUGCAGGAUCCUAAGUAGAAUGUGACAAGGGUUCUGUGUUAUUGCUACCCCUGGUUUUGGAUGGGGUCAAAUGACUGUCACUGUGUCCCUGCCUGCUAAAGAGAAAGGUGGGCUCAGAGACAUGCCCUGUGUCUAGAUCAAGGUGCUAUAUAGAAUCACGGAGUUUGUCACAGUUGACAGUCUGACAUGUUUGUGUCUUUGUUUGGCCCCACCGAGGCCCUGUUUCAGAAGCGAGAGCCCCAUAUUCAAACCACCAUCCUUUGAUUUAAGCUACACCUCCCAGUCACACCAGAACAUAUCUGUGGUGGUGGCUCCUGGAUUCUCCCAGAUGGCAUCUGGGAAGCAGCUGUUAUUGGCAAGUGGUUUGAAGGGACCAUUAUCUGCCAUUGAGGUUCUAACACAGGGACCUUUGAAACAAACUGAUUGCCAACCCAGCAUUGUUGAGAACAAUGGUUCCCACCCCAACCCUACCGCAUGCACCCGAGGAAGAGUUCUUCUGCCUCCUUGACUAUCCAUUCUUUGGGUCCUUAGAGUAAACUUACACAUGCUGUGUCUCAGUGUUAAAAUGAGACACAAAGGCCAUCAGCUUUCUGUUACUGUAACAAAGUAAUCUCCAGUGGGCAAGGUUUAUCUUGGCUCAUGGUUUCAAUCCAUGGCCUAAUUUGUCAGGGCUAUGGUAAGAACACCAUGGAGGAGAGUGUGUGGUAGAACAGAUGUUCACAUGACCGGGAAGAGAGAAGAGACGAGGAGCUUGGGUGCAGGUAUCACCUUCAAAGUUCUGCCUGCAGUGACCUAAUUUCCUCCCGCUAGGCCCCAACACUGAGAUGAGGACCAAGCCGUUAAGAUAUUAGCCUUUGGGGGACAUAUCCACACCCCACUGAGGGAACUCUGGCGUGAAAGACUGUAGAGAGAUGC